AUGGUGUCGACUGUCCCACCUACCGACGACGCCUCCUCCAUAAAUGAGCAUGAACCCUCUAUAUCUCAAGUCUUUGGCGAGCCUGUCCUUGACUUACACCUGACGCUAUGGGACGUAUUCGAAAACGCCGUGGCGUUGAAGCCGGAUGGCGACGCCAUUGUCUCGCUGUGGCAGCCACGCGGUCACUUGUCUAACAGUGAUCUUUCGCCUAGCCUCAACGGCAACGAUAGGUCGUACCUCGCAUGGACCUAUACUGAACUCAAGGACAAAGCAGAGCGAGUAGCCGAGACCUUGGACCGUCUGGGUUGUCGUCCUGGAAUGCGGCUGGCCGUUGUGCUUGGUAACUGUGCCGAGUGGGCGUUGUUCUUCUGGGUGGCGGCCAAAAUGCGGAUGACAUUUGUGCCUGUCGAUGCAACGGUUGCGAGAGAUGCUAAGGCGACGAUAUUGUCUAUUAAGCCACAUGUGGUGGUGGCACAAGACGAUGAGGGUGCGAAGGCGCUUGAUCUCCCCGACGCCCAGUUCCUGGAGUCGACCAUCCGUAUAGUGUGUACAGGGGAGAAGUUCGAAGGUUGGUUGGAGCUAUCCGAGGUACUCAGUCCUGGAGACGAGUUGUUAGAGUCGACGCCCAAGAUCACAAACGGGGUGGAAGCACAUACCAGCGAAGAAGACGACGCAGCAUUGAUCAUCUUCACCAGCGGAACAACAGGCCAGCCCAAAGGAUGUUGGCAUACAAACAAAAACGUCAUAUCCCAGUGCUGUGACUUUGACCCAGAAGUCAACACCAUGGGAAAGUUGAGAUGGCUUAUCCACACACCCGUCUCGCACAUGUUCGCGAUCAACAACGCUCUCCGCGCAUGGCGUUGGAGCGGCUCAGCCGUCCUUCCCUCCAGAACCUUCAACGUGGGAGCCACGCUCGAAGCCCUCGUGCAAGAGCGAUGCCACAUAAUGUCCGCCACUCCCACCCUCGUCAAAGCCCUGAUGGCGCAUCCCAACUUCCCCAGCGUAGAUCAACUCGAUCUUCGCAUCGUCACCAUCGGAGGCACAUCAAUCGGCCCAGAAGACAUCCGACUCUGUUGCGACGGUCUCGGCGCGCAAAUGGCAAUCCAAGUAUUCGGCAUGAGCGAAGGCGCUCCCAUCAUCACCUGGAAGAGAACCGACCCUGAUUUGGUCGACAGCUGGCAUCCGGGAGUUGGCAAGGUUUUGCCAGGGGCUGCAGUGAGGAUCUGCCGGCCCGAAACGCGUGAAAUACUACCCCGAUCGGAGAUCGGCGAAUUACAUAUUGGCGGCACAUCUGUCAUAUCAAAAUAUUACAACAGGGAUCCUGAUGGGGCCAUGUACACUGACGAAACAGGCAAUUGGUUAGUGACAGGCGACCAAGCCAGAAUUGAUGACAAGGGAAUUGUGUAUAUUCUUGGUCGGUAUAAAGAUCUCAUCAUCCGGGGUGGUCAGAAUAUUUAUCCCAUCAAGAUUGAACAGGAGCUUCAGCAGCUCCAAGGACUACAGGUUCAAGUUGUUGGCGUACCAGAUGAUUUGGCUGGCCAAGUCCCUGUCGCCGUUGUUGUUCUACCAGACGAUGCUACAAAAUCGCAAGUUAUCGAAAAGGCUAGAAGUGCAGAUCAACGUUACGCUUUGGAUGGCGUAUACACACUCGAAGAACUUGGUCUCAAGGCGUUUCCUUUGACAUCGCUUGGAAAAGUGAAGAAGGAGCAUCUCAAGAAGUUAAUUCUGGAACAUCGACAACCAAAAUCUCCGUCCAAGAUGGUGGUCGCCAAGGCAGCUAUCACCAAAGGCGCUGCACCGCCGCCGUUUGUACAGAAGUUACUCGGCAUUUGCGAACAACUUACUGGAACUCGACCCGCGAUAACAGAGAGCUUCAAGUAUCUCGCUGACAGCAUUACUCUGCUACGCUACUGCGAUCAGGUACUACGUGUCUGCGGUCAAAGACUCUAUCUACAAGACUUUCUCGAGAACGAUACCAUCGAGAAACAGGCGCAGCUCCUCGUCUCUCGAAAGUUCCAACAAGCACGCCUUGUCAUCGCUCCCGAGAUCCCAAAGUCCAACUUCCAGCAAACCAAACAACUCAUUCAAGCCGCUCCAAGCUAUACUCAAGAAAUCACGACUCUCCCCAGGGAUUUCAAGGACAAGGACAAAGACACGUUCUACCACGCCAGACGCGCCGUGGUACGCGCUGGCCUCUCCGCCUCGGACAUCGAAGACGUCCUACCCAUCCGACACUCGCUGCAUCGGACGGCGAUUGGAUCCCGUCCGCAGUCCUACCACAACCGCAUGGUCUUUCGCAUCUGCAACGUUGCUCAGCAUCAGAUUCUGCGCGCCCUCGAAAAGGCGCUGGCCUCGAGGCCGAUGCUCAGGACCGUUGUGUUCCCUGACUCGAACCGUAUACCGUUUCACGCUGUGCUGGCUUCCAGUCCUGCUCUCCUCGCCCAGCUUGUUCACGAGGUUGAGGUCGAAACUGAGGAAGAUGCAUGGGAGAUCUUGAAGGAUGGCUCUGGACAUAGUCAUUCGUCGCCGUUUAUGUUUCAGGCGGAGUUGGUGAGGACGUUUGGCGGGCAGGGUUUUCUUUGCUUUACUUUUAAUCACUCUGUUAUUGAUGCGCUGUCAAUCACGAACUGGUACCACGAUCUCGAUCACUGGAUCCAAGACAUAAACACAAACAUCCCUGCACUGACACCCUACCGGCUCUUUUCCGAUCUGUUUACUCAAUAUGAGGACAGUGAGCCUGCGCAGAACAGUGUUGCUUUCCAUGUUCGAAAGCUUCGAGGUAUCUCUCGCUACGGUCGCGCACUAUGGCCUCCACAGAAGGCACCUGGUAUGAUGAUUUGUAAUGAUGAAGGGUCAUCAUAUGCCAGAGAACGACGUCAAAUUCGCAGUCAAGUCUGGAACGGCGAGUGGGAGUGUCGCGCAAAUGAGUUCCAGUACCCACGAUCUGGUCGCGUUCUGGCAUUGUCGGGUCUCACAAAGCUGCAGAAUGAACAUUAUAUCCAUCCUUCACUAUUCACCAAGAGCGCUAUCAUUCUUUUCAACGUUCUUCAAACUGGUUCUUCCCACGCGCUCCUCAACGUCUGGGAAAGCGGUCGCUCAUGGCCGUUUGUACCGAAAUGGAUGAACAAACUUCUUCCUCCACCGAUGAGCAUUGACGGUCCUACCGUCCAAUGGGUACUUAACAUGACAGAAGUUAUUCGCAACGAGACAGUUAUGGAGUUUCUUCAGCGCAUGCUAGCUGAAAGAGAUGAAGGAAAGCAAUAUGAGCACGUCCCUUGGAACAAAGUGAUCCAAAAGCUCGACGACGAAGGCCCAGCCGCCGCCGACGCAUCAUUCAGACAAGCAUUCGUCUGGGACGUAUCCAUGGCCGCAAGCUUCUCAGGCGGACCAUCACAUUUCAAGACAUUUGAACCUGUCGCUCGCUACGACUGGCCAGACUGUGGCUUCUUUUGGAACGCAUUCAUGAUUGACGCAGUGAAUUUAUAUUUUAUCGCUUCUUGGGACACGGCGCAAAUGAAUGACAUGGAAGUUGACGGACAUUGUGAUGGGUUAUCUGAUGUUUUGAGAAAAUUGGGAGAUGAGAGUAACUGGGAUAAGAAAUUGAGGGAUGUAUUUGAUUUAUGA